AUGAAGUCAUUCUCGAGCUCAGUAGUUAAUAAAUCGGGCAAGAAAUUUGCUCCGAAGGCGCCGCCCCGCCGCGGCGCGCCGGUUCCUGCUGCGCCCGCGCGAAGGACCAGUUCAGCCCAGCAAACAUCAGCGCAACAGACUCCGAAGCAACAGACUCCAACGCAGCCCACACGCGCUCCAUCUGAAAAGGGGACAAGUGAAAAUGUUCAUCCGUCAGCCUCUUCGAGAGAGCCGGAACCGCGUACGACCUCUCAAUCAACUGAAGUCUCCACAUCAGAGCCAGCGAAAUCGGCUACGCCGAUUUCUAUUCCCCGACCAAUCCGCAAACCAUCCAUCUCCAAGACUGCAAAUGUCGCUGUACCUAUCUCUAAGGUCUCUUCUGUUCCCGCCGACACAGCCGAUGAUGCCCCUACCUCACCGCGAACUUUACCCACCAAGUCAACCGAUGUUUUACCCUCCAUAGAAAAUGACAACACACCCGUGGUCUCUGUGGAAGAAACGACUCCAACAGAGCCUAGGAUUGCAGAAGCUGCUGCGGGUUCAAGCCAACCAUAUCCAGCUCCACAAGAUGUGCGCUAUUCCGAGGACGCGAUCUCUCCCCGCCAAUCAAUAUCGGCACCGCAGCCUACACAUACCUCGCCCGUCCCUGGGCGGUCCUUGAAAUGGGCUAAAAAAACGUCGGAUUUUACAAAGCGAGGAAGAGGCCCAAUCAAUGCGAUCGCUCCUCCCGAAACUGCUGCAGCGUCCAGCGAUGCGGCAGGAGGAUCGCUUGUACCAAUACCUUCCGAUUCGAACGGGAAAGGAAAGAAACGAAAGGCUUCCAAAAUUUCCGAGUCGGGUCGUGACUCGGAAAAGCCCAAGCGCCGUCUAUGGAAACGCGAGCCCACUCCCGAGGGCGCUGAGAUGGUAGAAAUUCUUCCCAAUGUGGUCAAAAUGUCUGAGCUGUGCAAGGACCUUAAGACCGGCAAGAAAUCUAAGCGAGAGACUGAAUUGCGUAGACUUGAACUUGAGGAACAAGAACGCAAACAGAAAGCACAUGAAGAGGGUACAACGGUUACACCAGCGCACAAACCUCCUGAGGCAGAUGCCGGCAAGACAGACCGUCUAGCAGAUCCCAAACAGCCACAGUCUGGCCCAGUCAUGCGCAUUGUCAAUGGCGAAAUUGUUCUGGACAACGCAUCACUGGAGGUGGACCGUCAUGCCGAUGCUGCUCGGGCCGCCGGCGAUCUCGAAGAUGUUGUCGAAAACCAGUUGACUCGAAAAGUCAACCAGGCCACUUAUGGCAAGCGCACAAAGAACGAAUCCUGGAACGAAGAAAUGACAGAUCUUUUCUAUCGUGGAUUGCGGAUGUUUGGCACGGAUUUCAUGGUGAUCAGCAAGCUCUUCCCGGGGAGAUCUCGUCGCCAAAUCAAGCUGAAGUUCAACAACGAGGAGCGCAAGGAUCCUCAACGGAUCAAGGAUACUUUGCUUGGCCCGCGCGAAUCAGUUGAUAUUGCUACGUACUCUGCGAUGACCAACCAGGUCUACGAUGAUCCGAAGGUUAUCCAGCAAGAGUUGCAAGAGGAAAAGAAACGAAUUGAAGAACAGCAUGAGAAAGAGAAACAACUCCAGGAAGAUCUGAUGCGCAACCCAACUGGCACAGACGCGAACGGAGAUGCCGACACUAGCGGCGAAAUGGGCAAUGCUGCGGCUCUGAAGUCCAAGCGAAAGAAAAAUGUGAAAAGCGCGGCCGGUGGCGGCACGGAAGAGGUUCUGGGUUCGAUUGACGAUAUCCCCAUGGUCUAA